AUGCCGUCAUUCGACCAACUCGCUGAUGCCCCUAAGAAGGGCAAGGUCAUAAAGUCUGCCUAUGACAGCGAAAGCUUCGAAUCUGAUGGUACUAUUCAUGUUGACGGUUUGGUCGGUUCAGCCACUAUCUCUCCUGCAGGACGAGAUGUCGCAUUAGCUUCGCCCGAUGGGCUCGCAAUAAUAGACCUUGAUUCGCCAUAUAGCCCUCCUCGACGGUUGAGAACUCACGGUCUUCCUUGGCUCGUCGUGGAUGUUCAAUGGUCCCCUUUUGCUGCUCGCGACUACUGGAUCGUUUCGGCCGCCAACCAUCGCGCUCUUGUGUGGAAUCUGAAUCGCAGAGAAGACUCCAGCUCAGGGGCGAUCGAGCACUCGCUGCAAGGCCACAGCCGCGCCAUCACUGAUGUCAACUGGUCUGCUCAUCAUCCCGACCUCUUGUCAACUUGCUCAGUAGAUGGCUAUAUCCACGCAUGGGACCUCCGAAGACCACGCCAGCCCGUUCUUACCUUCUGCGAUUGGACUGCUGGUGCAUCACAAGUCAAGUACAAUCGUCAGGCAUCCCACAUACUUGCUUCAGCCCAUGAUCGAUGGCUGCAUAUCUGGGAUGAACGUCGCUCUUCCGAGCCUCUUAAAUCUAUCAAGGCCCAUAAAUCCAAAAUUUACGGUCUAGAUUGGAACCGCUCAGACCCAAAAUCCAUUGUUUCUUGUUCCAUCGAUAAGAGAAUCAACUUCUGGGAUUAUACUGCUGAGGAACCGUUACAGCACACCAUUGAAACUGGUUUCCCGGUAUGGAGAGCUCGUCACACUCCCUUUGGGCACGGUCUCUUGGCCAUACCCCAAAACGAACCAGGUGAUCUAUAUCUAUACGACACACGUUUCAAACCAGAAUCAAAGUUGACAACUCAGCCAAUUGAUGUUUGGCCUGGACACGGAGAUCACAAAGCAAAGGAGUUCCUGUGGAGAUGCCGUGGUGGUAUAACUGAUGAUGGCAAAGAUAACCGUGAAUUCCAGCUCGUCUCCUGGGGCACAGACAACGAACUAAAGCUGCAAUGUAUUGAUCCCAAGGCUUUUGCUGCCAUUGGACACAAGCGAGGCAUACCGGCAGAUCCGGCCAUUAGCCUCACACGAAAGGGUGCUACAUAUAAAACAUUCCGUACAGUGGACGAGACGGCAGACCGUGAUCGAAAAUCUGCCACCAUGAGCGAUCACCGCCCUGGGACCAAUUAUCACAAACAAAGUGCACUAACGUUGGGCAUGCGAUCGGGAACGACCCAGAGUCAUCGUGCGGCGGUGGCAUGGCGAGGCCCUUCGAUGAAGGCCAAGGUUCCUGGAAGGGCCGUCGACCGCAAUCAGUCACAGAUAGGAUGGAUGAAGGGAAUCGCCAUGACCAAGAGAAAGGCGUCUACAAGCGUCAAACGACACCUGUCGAAAGACUCGGGUAUUUUCGGACACGGUUAUCCUGACGACGAAUGGGCUGAACCCGACACUAUCCAAGAAGAACUUCUGCGUAUUAGCCACCAGCUCCCCAAAGUGAAGUGGGAUAAUAUCAACAUGGACAACAUGACCCUGAAUGCUUCGUUGAACGGACCAUGGGGAACUGACGGAGACACCAUCUUCAUCAAGGUCCGCAUCGAUAUACCGAUCGGUUACCCCAAGACCAAGGCACCAAAGUUCUUCGUUGAAAAGUCGUCCUUCAUGCCCGCGGAAACUCACAAGAAGAUCGAUCGUGAAAUUCACCAACUAGCGGACCAGUUUUUGCAAAGAAAACAGAACUGUCUCGAGGUUGCCUUUACGUAUCUCCUAGGAGAGGUUGAUCUUGAAAGCAGCACAACCUUCUUCAAGAAUGUCAGGGACCUUGAUGAUGAGCUUGAUGGUCUGGCUGAUGAGAGCUCAAGUGAGUCUGACGAAGACAUACCCGCGGGAGGUUCAGCAUCCAUGUCUCAAGAACUCCCACCACACAACGAACUUGAUACUGCACUUGCGCCUCCAAACAGGACUAUCGUGCCACCGCCACCUAGAACGUGCGGUGCUAGAUUCUCACAUAAUGGACGGCUAGUCUGCUUCUUCCCUUCCAAAGAGGAAAAGGCCAGAGCUCUUUUCACAACUACAAUGGAUGCUUACAGGGAGCGUCCAAAAGGGGAACCCUUCUUUGCUGGUUUUGGCAGAAUCGCACAUGAUCUCAGCCCCCGGCAGCGAUUCAUGGCAGAAGACACUUCUGCGUCCAGUGGAGAUUCUGACUCCUCUGCUUCAGGAUCCUCUUCUUCCUCCUCGUCUUCAAGUGAUUCAGAGUCUACAUCAAUGCACAAGAUAAGUCUAUGGUAUCACCCAAGUCGUCAGUUUAGGAAAACUUGGAGCGAGGAUAGGUCGAUACGGUCCAGCGGCGGUGGCACAGGUGUUGGCACUGGCACUGGUACGGGAACAAGUCGCCGCCGGCCCGGUCGGCCAAAGAAUCUCAUAUCGAUACAUGAUUUCCGUGCUCUUCAUCCCUCGAAGGAGGAGUUUGCGCGUGAGUACGCAAUAUUUGGAGAUGGAGCUGAAGUGUGUGAGCACAAUGCAAAGGUCGCUGAGAAGUACAACGCCCGUGAUCUUGUUGAUGUCUGGCGAUAUCUCGCUCUAUUAUUGAACAAGGGCGUGCCACUUGAGGUUCUCUCACACAACCAGCGUCGUGACUCCAUCUUGGUGAUCGCUCACGAUGUGGUCUCAAGAUGCAAUGCCAAUUAUUCUCCUCGCGAUUCACUCUGGGACAAGCAUGAAGGUGCACUGUCAGGCAGAGUGAAAUGGGGCAAGCACCCUUUAGCCCGCGAUUUCAUUAUGGAUCUGUUUGCAUAUUUUGAAAAAAUUGCGGACAUUCAGAUGUUGGCAAUGCUUUCAUGCAUAUUUAGCGAGUCCACUGCUGCGGACAGUGUGGCAUAUUUUGAGUCGCAUAUACCUCAGCCCGAUACUCCCCUUCCUAUGAAAGCCCCAGCAUUCUCUCUGGACUACUUUCCAACAGAUGCCUCGCUCUGGAACAUCGGCGGCCGCAGUUAUACAAACUCGGCCAUCACCACACCAAUGACAGUACAUACUCCUGUCCACUAUGCUGGAUCGCAAGCAUCCGAUGAUGGCAUAUGGGCUGGAGAUGCAGCGUCAAACUCAUACUCUUGUGGGGAAACACCACCAAACAGAUUCAAAGGAUAUCUCGGAGAUGUUGAGGCACCACCUAGCGUAUCGACAUCCCCAAACACUCGUUUCUUGAAUCGAGCCAACUCCGGAUUGGCGUCUGCUUUUGCAGCCAACCUUCCGCGCUCGUUCGCAGGAGUGAGCUCUUCGUCUCCCCCGAAUCAUGGAAGAAAGAAACCAAGCCCUGCUGAAACAUAUCUUAGCAGUUUGGCUCCGGGCAAUGUCACAUGGAGUGCUUCUACUGCCAUGGACUCCAAUGGCGGCAGGACUUCAUUGGAUGAUGAUGAGUUUCGUAGGGAUGAGUUCCUACCUCUCGUUCCUACAAAGAUUUGUGUCACUAUGGAGGAUCAAACUGCGUUUGACGAUGAUGGCUGGUUGAAUAUACCAUUACUCGAGUCCAGUCAGGCGGAUGCUCAUGCUCGCUACCGAUAUGCGUAUGCUGAGAUGCUGCAAAUGUGGAAUCAACCUCUUGCUAGACUUGAGAUCAUGAAGUUCAACUCGCUCAAGGAGGAUAUGACUGGUGGACACAUCGAUGACAAUUUCCACGAUUCAGCCACUGGUCAUGAUGGCAAGAAUCAUGGAAAUCACGCAAAUUCGUCUCCCAUUGCUAUGGGCAAGAAGGAUCAACUUCAAGCUUUGCUUGCAUCGGGCCGUGGUUUGGAUGUCACAGGCAUGUGUCGUAUACAUGAGAUCCAAUUGGAGCCUCUUCGAUACACGUCUAGUGACCCCAAGGUUGGUGGCGCUGUGGGCACAUGUGAUCGUUGCCACCAGACCCAGAGUCAGCUCACAUGUGUGUAUUGUCUUGAGCCAGUGGAUGCUCUGUUCCCUCCUUGUUUAGCCUGUGGCUGUGCUAGCCAUGAGGCAUGUCUGGCAGAGUGGCAUGCUGCUGGCGAGACGCAAUGUCCUGCGGGCGAUGAAUGCAAUUGCGUGGAGGAGGCUGCAGACGGCCAAGUCGAGUCAUGGGCAGCGCUGCAGGGUGCCAUGCUCAAAGGACAAAGACAUAUGAUGCUGCCUGGCCCGGCUAUGGGAGAUAGUGAUGAGGACGUUAAGGUGACUCGCGACUGGGAAAGGGUAGAGCCUGCUGUUCCGUCGCGAAUGCAAGGGUUUUCCGCCGCCAGCAUUAGUCUUGGUAACAGAUUGAGGAAAUCGGCGGGAGAGUGGUCAAGGGCUUCAAGUUUGAGACGAGGUGAUCGGAGGAACAUGAUGUAA